UAUUCCAUUUAUACCACAAAAGAAGAUCCAAGAUCUCCCAAAUGCGAAAAGUCCUAAUUUUGAUUCUCAUAAACCCACCCAACUGUUAUACAGAGCAGAAUCAAUGGUGGACCUUAAAGCAGGAAGCCGGCCGCCGUGGGUGGGAUUAGGCGCGGCGGUGUGGGUCCAGAUAGCUGCCGGAAAUGCCUACACUUUCUCUCUCUACUCUCCCGUUCUCAAAUCAGUUCUCGGCUUCAGCCAGCAGCAGCUCACCAUUCUCGGCGUCGCCAAUGAUAUCGGAGAAAACGUCGGGAUUCUUCCCGGAAUCGCCUGCAACCAUCUCCCUCCUUGGUCUGUUCUUCUCGUCGGCGUUUUCACCUCUUUUUUCGGCUAUGGCCUUAUCUGGCUCGCUGUUAGCCAGACUCUUCCUUCCGUGCCUUAUUGGGUUUUGUGGUGUGCGUUGUGUGUUGCAACAAACAGCAGUGCGUGGCUUGGGACGGCGGUCCUGGUGACCAACAUGAGGAACUUCCCUCUCAGUCGGGGCACGGUUGCUGGGAUUCUAAAAGGCUAUAUUGGUUUGAGUGGUGCUGUCUUUACGGAGGUGUUCACUAUGCUCCUUAACGGUUCGGCUUCCAAGCAUUUGCUGCUGUUAACGCUCGGGAUACCGGUGAUAGGUCUGGCAAUGAUGUACUUUGUUCGGCCCUGUACCCCGGCCUUGGGAGAUGACUCGCGGGAGCAUGGCCAUUUUCUUUUCGUGCAAGGAGCUAGUGUCGCCCUCGCCGUUUAUCUCCUCACCACAACCAUCUUAAAGAACUUCUUGUCUCUUGGAAAUGCAAUCUCCUACGCCUUCAUUGCUGUGAUGGUUGUUCUCUUGAUGGCUCCACUCGCAAUUCCCUUGAAAAUGACUUUGUUUCCCGUGACUAGUAAGAAACAGGGCGAGCAAGCUGAUUCGAACACAAUGGAUCCUCUGCUGACCCCAUCUUCGUCAGCAACCAAUAUUGGAAGCUAUUACGAGUCUGAAGAUGUGUCUGAGGUGGAUAUGCUUCUUGCUGUGGGUGAGGGCGCUGUUAAAAAGAAAAGGAAACCUAGGAGGGGAGAGGACUUCACGUUUCGUGAAGCUAUUGUGAAGGCCGACUUUUGGCUUCUGUGGUUUGUUUACUUCUUUGGAGUUGGCUCGGGAGUGACCGUCCUUAAUAAUUUGGCCCAGAUUGGUGUUUCACUUGGUGUCAAUGAUGCUACCAUAUUACUGAGCUUGUUCAGCUUUUGUAACUUUUUGGGCCGCCUUGGAUCUGGAGUUGUCUCGGAACACUUUGUGAGGUCGAAAACAAUUCCUCGGACAUUUUGGAUGGCAGUGACACAAUCAAUCAUGGUCCUGACAUUUCUUCUCUACGCUUCAGCCAUGAAUGGCACCCUCUAUGCUGCAACAGCGUUGCUAGGGGUUUGCUACGGGGUCCAAUUUGGAAUAAUGAUCCCAACUGCAUCCGAACUCUUUGGACUGAAACACUUUGGCAUAAUCUUCAACUUCAUUGGGCUGGGGAAUCCUGUUGGGGCACUUCUCUUCUCAGGUUGGCUUGCUGGUCAGGUAUACGACACAGAGGCUGCUAAGCAGUUAGGGUCCUCGUGCAUCGGUGUGAACUGCUUUAGGCUCACGUUCCUUGUGUUGGCCGGGCUUUGUGGGGUGGGGACUUUGUUGAGCAUAGUGCUCACCGUAAGACUAAAACCGGUGUACCAAAUGCUCUAUGCAAAUGGCUCGUUCCGCCUGCCUCAGAGCUCCGAUCACUGAUUACGAGAGGGUUUAUGAAACCAUUCACUUGUGUGUGUGUAGAACAUAGUCAUCAUCUAAGUUAUUACCUCUUGGAAUUUUGUUGUGUAAUAUUGGCAUGAGUUUUAUAUAUGUAUAAGCCUACCACCAUGUCUAUAUUGUGAAGAGAGGAACAAAAUCUUGAUGACAUAGUUAAUAUGGAGAGUUGUCUAUUUCUGUA